AUGUUUAAAUCGGAAAAAGAGGUUAUGAAAUAUAUUACAAAUCGUGAAACAAUGGUUAUGUGGUUGAGAUUUUUUGACUGGUUUUCACAUAAAUUUAGUCGAUUUAUUGAUAGAACUGAGGCACUCAAUGAAGAUGAGAGUGAAAGAGAAAGUGAUUAUAAAGCUAGUGUAUUUGAUAUAGAUGUUGAUCGAGAUUUGGAUGAAUUUUUAAAAAAAGCUGAUCCCGAUAACUAUAAUGAAAAUAAACAAGCAAUAAAAGAAGUCAAAACAAGUGAAAGUGUUCGACCAUUGAUUAGGUUAUACACACAAGAGAUAGAAUUUUAUAAAAUAUUAAAUGAACAAUUGGCGUUGACAAUAACGAGCGAUUAUACUAAAAAGGAUCCAAAUGGUACAUUGGCAUUGUGUGAUCGAUUUGUUCAAGAAUUUGAUAUACGACAAGAUGAACUGUCAAAGAUAGCUUAUACAAAGAUAUCGUAUCGCGGUGUAACCAUGAAAGAGGAAGAUUUACAAAAAUAUAAAGACAUAUGCCAAAAUAAUAAAUAUGGAGUUAUUGCAACAAAAACAUUUUCGGCAUCAUCUAAAAGUCGUGAAGUGGCAUUAAGCUUUAUAGACCAGAAUUGUAAUGGCAAAGGUAUUCUAUUUGUAUUCGAGGUACCGCAUGUAUGUUCAACAAUAUGUGCUGCUUAUCUUUACUCUGAUUACUCAAACGAGAAAGAAGUUUUAAUUUUAUCAGGUAAUCUCUUUCGAGUGGAAGAAGUUAUUGAUAAUAAAGAUGACAAUGUAACUGGAAUUCAAGUUGAACAUUUAAUGUUAACAAUAUCAUUUUUUCAAAAAGCUUAA